AUGCAAAAAAUAAAGUGUGUUGUCGUCGGCGAUAAUAAUGUUGGCAAGACAGAACUUAUAACGACUUACUUGACCAAUAAAUUUCCAAGUGAUUACACCCCUAUUGUUUUUGAUAAUUACGCCGUCACAGUGAUGAUUGGCGAUGAACCAAUUUUAUUUGGUUUAUCUGAUACAGCUGGUCUAGAAAAUUACGAUCGUCUCCGGCCACUUUCGUACCUUCAAACAGAUGUUUUUUUGAUUUGCUUUUCAGUAAUGUCACCGGACUCUCUUAGAAAUGUAGGAGAAAAAUGGUAUCCUGAGAUUCAGAGACAUUGUCCAGAAGUUCCAUGUUUGAUUGUUGGUACUCAUAUAGAAUUGAGAGAUGAUCCCCAAAUGGUUCAAAAGCUACAAUUAAAACCUAUAACUACAGAGCAAGGUGAAGCGUUUGCUCGAAAAUUUGCAGUGACAAAAUAUCUUGAAUGUUCAGCAUUCACACAAAAAGGGUUGAAGAAAGUUUUUGAUGAGGCCAUAAUUGCGGCUUUAGUCGGACCGUCCCCUAAAGAAGUUUCUUUUUCAACUAAAAUAAAAAAGUAA